GAGUGUGGGGAAAGAGACGCUGUCAGCAAAGGCACGUAUGGCAAGGAGGGCUCCCUGACAAUCUACACCAGAUCAAGAUUUUUUGCCGCUGCUACGCUUUCCCCCCCAAGUUUCAAAGGAGAGACAGGUGACAUCCCACCUCACUGCCACCGCAAUCAUGCUUCACUCUCCUUCUCCACUGAAAACAGCGCUGGCUUAUGAGUGUUUUCAAGACCAGGCCAAUUCAACUCUAGCUUUGCCCUCGGAUCACAAACUGAAAACUAGGGGUACAGGGAAACAGAGGGUCCAGGAGCAGGUGAUGAUGACAGUGAAACGGCAGAAGCAAAAGUCCUCCCUGUCGUCAAACACAGGCCACUCCAAUCAAGGUUCUAUGUAUGAUGGUCUGUCUGAUGGUUAUAGCUAUGGAACAGCCCGUGGUAGCUACUAUGCAAAAGCCCACACAGGAAACAACUGGGGCCAUGGGCUGUACAAUGGAACAAUCAAAAGAGACACAGAGAAUAGACGCUACAGCUCCUACAGCCAAAUGGACGGCUGGGGUGGCAGGCACUACAACAAGAUCUGCAGCCCUACCAGUCCUGGCAGUGAUUACUGCUUUGUGAAUAUGAAGAGCAGCCGAAGUGAGCCAGACCUCUACUGUGAGGCUCCACGAAGCACACUAAGGAGAAACCAAAGUGGUAGCCGGGUAGGGCACAAGGCCACUCUGAAUCGUCACAGCAUCUACAGCAGCUGCAACAAUCAAGGCACUAUAACCACAGCUAGGACAAGCAAAAGAAUCCCAGUGCGUAGUCCCUCCUGUACUUCUGCUAACAAGCAAGAUGUGGUCUAUGCCCAGCCUGUAGCAAGCAGCAAGCAAGAUGCGAUCUAUGCACACUCCAACUCUAAAAUUUGCAAUGAUGAGGUGGAUUAUGGAGCAAUGACCAUACAGAAAGCCAUACAACUCCUGUGUUCCUCAGAUGAGAAGUACCAGGCCAUGGGUGGUUACUACCUCCAGCAUACCUGCUUUCAAGAUGAAUCUGCCAAGCAAGAGGUCUACCGACUUAGUGGCAUUGCCAAACUUGUUGAACUCCUCCGCAGUCCAGAUGAAAAUGUGCAGCAAGCUGCAGCAGGGGCCCUUCGAAACUUAGUCUUCAGAAAUCCAACCAACAAGUUAGAAACCCGACGGCAGAAUGGAAUUCGAGAGUGUGUAAGCCUCCUGAGAAGAACUGGAAACACAGAAAUACAGAAACAAUUGACAGGAUUGCUCUGGAAUUUGUCAUCCACUGAUGAGCUGAAAGAAGAUUUGAUACAUGAAGCUCUCCCUGUUUUGACUGACCGUGUUAUUAUCCCUUUUUCUGGCUGGACUGAUGGCACUAGUAACAGAUCAAGAGAAAUUGUUGAUCCGGAAGUAUUCUUCAAUGCCACUGGCUGUUUGAGGAACCUGAGUUCUGCAGAUGCAGGACGCCAGACUAUGAGAAACUACCCUGGUCUGAUUGACUCUGUGAUGGCUUAUUCCCAGAACUGUGUGGCAGCCAACCGGCCAGAUGACAAGGUACCAUGGACAGGGUAUCAGAGUAGGUUUGCUGUUGAUCCUCGUCUCAUUACCCAUCAAGCAGCUGUGGCAUACAAUGUGAACCUGUUACAAGCACAUGGACGUGGAUCUCCUAUCCCUUAUAAUCUUGGACAUCAUUCACCAGUCAAUGUAGGGCAGCAGCAGAUUCAGCAUUCAGAUAAAGAGCAACUUGAACAAAAUCGAAACAGCAAAAAUGAACCAAGUAUGGGACCUGAAAUAAAUAGAAUUCGGACUCCUGAGAAAAAACCUAUGGAAUCCAAACAGGUUGACUUAGAAGUGAGUUCCCAAAGUAGAAGCCCGGAGUCGCGCUCCAGUACUGCUUAUGCUAAUUCUAAAUUUCACCGUAAAGAUAAUCUUAACCCCAGACAGCUGAAUCUUCACCUCACCCCUCCCUAUACUCAAUAUGCUGCUCCUAAUCGCCAUUUCCAACACCUAUCCCAGAUUCCAAGGCAGCCAUACCCUAUACAGCAGCAACAAAACCUGUUAAGUCAACAACAAAAUCAUUUGCCUGAACAGCAAAACCAAAUGCAUCCACAGCAAAGCCAGAUAGUGCAGCAGCAUAAUCAUUUAAAUCAGCAGCCACAACAGCCACCAUCACAGCUUUCCCCUGCCUACCAAACAGGCCCCAACCAGUCACUUUUUAAAAACCCAGUUGCACACAGACCUCAUUCCCCUGGCGUAGAUGCUGUGAUGUCAGAACAGCACCCCCCAUCCCUGUUACAAGAAGUCACUAACCCUCUGAGACCCAUUGCACAUCACAACCCAGUGAUACCAUCCCAUUUAAACCACUUCAUUGAAGAAAAUCCUCCAGGAGUGCCUAUAGGGGAACCAUUAGAUCAUAUUCAUGGAAAUUUAGCUUUGGAAACCUUAAGGCAACAGCAAGUAAGACUACAACAAUGGAAUGAGCCUAAUGCCUAUCUCAGUCAAGGCAGUAUUCCUUAUUCUCAUCAUCACCACCCUCACUUAUCCCACCUGUCUCAGCAGCCUAUUGGAUUGCAUCAACAGGCAAUUAGGGCAAACUGGAAAUUUGCCAACAAUGUAGAAGAUGAAACUGAGGCAACUUAUUCAAGGUUCCAGGAUUUGCUCCGAGAACUGUCACAUCGAGAUCAGAAUGAAAGCAGGGACCUAGCUGAAAUGCCACCUCCUCAGUCAAGACUUUUGCAAUACAGACAAGUGCAGCCCAGAAGCCCACCAGCACUCCCUGCUACUUCAUGCAGUUCAAAUCAUACUGGCCACUUUGCCAACUUCUCUGAGAACAGAGACAUUGAAAUCUCCAACAGCCCAGCGUUUCAGCAGCAUUUGCCUCAGAUGUACAAUCCCCCUUUCUCAAUGCCAUCUGAACACAUAACCCCACCUUCCUUGAAGUAUCUGCAGCCUGAUGGAUCAUGGACCUAUGCUAAUGUCCACCAGAGUCAUCUAAUGGGGCAAAGCUUUCAUUAUGGUAUACCUCCAUUGCCUCAUAGAUCGCAACAGAACCCUUUUAUACAAAUACAGAAUCAUCAGCACACAAUUGGUCAGGAACCAUUUCACCCCCUCACUUCUCGAGCAGUGUCUGCUUCUUCGCUGCACAGCUUAGAAGAGUAUGAACCAAGAGGACCAGGCAGGCCAUUGUACCAAAGAAGAAUUUCAUCUAGUUCAGCCCAGGCUUGUUCUGAAGAUUUAAACAUGCCUCAAGACAGUCUUGGACAGUGUAAAGAGCUUCAGGACCAUAGUAACCCAUCCUCUUUCAAUUAUUCAUCCCCUGAAUUGUGGGUAAACUCCACUUCAUCAACCCCAUAUCAGAACAUUCCAUGCAAUGGCUCCAGUAGAACAGUCCCAUCAAGAGAACUGUUAGUUCCAUCGAAGACUGUCAAACCCCCAGAGGAACCAAUGAAAGGUGAAAACAUCCAGUUAUCCAAUUCUUUUAAUUACAAUAUGCUCCAACAUCUCGGCCAGUUCCCACCCCUCAUGCCCAACAAGCAGAUUGCAGAAUCCAACAGCAACAGCCAGCAGAGUGCCGGUGUGAACAAGCCUGCCAUGUCCUACGCAAGUGCUCUGAGGGCUCCACCAAAGCCGAAACCCCCUCCUGAGCAGACAAAAAAGAAUAGUGAUCCUUUGUCUUUGUUUCAGGAACUUAGUCUAGGUAGUUCAUCAGGUAGCAAUGGCUUUUACUCCUAUUUUAAAUAAUCAGAAUAUUUUUGUAGAGAAAUUUUAAUUUCUGUUUGUGUCCGUAUAAGGUAGUUGGGGCUUCCCCCCUGCAGUU